UUCUUACCACUUCGUGCAACCAAUUUCUUCACGGAGUUAUUAACAUACUAAUUAGAUGGCAACAUACCGCUUUUUUGCUGGAUAUUAUUAGCGAACGGUUCGAACAGCAUUAACCCGAAUCAAACCCCCGAGCCCGAAAACGCACAAGGAUAUUCGCGCGAUGCCAACUUGGAUUGGUGCAAGGUGAGAGGGACAAGCGGGCCGAAGAAAGGAGUCGUCUUCGUCUUCGGGUCCCGAUGGCAACCGGCAUGGAUCCGUGGGCUCGGUAUGGGUAGGUUCUUUGCCGUUGCGUUCAGUUGACAACCAGCUAUCGAUGGAGCGAGCAAGGUCCUAACAAUAGUAGCCGCAGGUCCUUUGGAGUGCGAUUAGAAUGUGAAGCGUGUGAAAUGUUCUCGCUGAGUGUAGUGUAUGUGUGGCUUAUAUUAAUUUAAUGUUCAGUGGAAUGAUGUGAUAAAGUCAAUCAAGGAUAUCAAAAGAAAGGAUUUCUUCAGCCCAGCUUCUCCAACAAGGAUUAAUUUAAAGCCGAAAAGACUGAAGUGACUUCGCAACUAACCCGAUUCGUCAUGAUUGACGACGAUGAGGAUGAUUAUGAAGGAUAUUUUCUUCGGCCCGCCAACGAAUACAACAUAAAGGAAAAAAUCAUUCAAGCGAAUCAGGAAUCGUUCGCCAUUCCGACGCCACCGUCACCGCGGCAGCAUGUGAGCGGGGAGCGGCGGGUAACCUUCCGGGAGCAGCUGGUCGACUACGAACCGGACGAUUACAGCAGCGAGGACGACGGGUACGGUGCUGCUAGUGCUGGAGGGGGUGGAGAUAGUGGCGGCGGUGGCGGUGGUGGUGGAGCAGGAGGUCCUUCCGGGCAUAAAAAGAACGCCCUCAUUAGAACGGUGGCCGAUGUGCAUCGGGAUGGUGGGAGUGGUGAGGUUGCCGAUGGUUACGGUGCGGACACAAUCAUCGAGGAGCUGCACCUAGACGAUCGCCGUAACGGGACACCGGACCAGGAACGGGAGGACGAAGAGGAGGAGCAGGAGGAAGAGGAGGUGGUGAUAGAGGAGGAACAGCUCGAAGGAGACUACGACGAGGACGGUGGCGACGGGGCGGACGAUCGCAUGGAGAAACAUAAGACUGGUGUGGAGGGUGAAUCGAUCGUGUCGGAGGAGGAGGACGAGGAGGACAACGAAGUGGAAGAGGAAGCGACACUGCACGAGGAGCCGCAGGUAGAGGAGGAGGAGGAGGAGCAGGAGGAAGAACCAACGGACGGUUCGAGCAUGGACACGGAGAUACACAACCCGGAGAGUAGUGAGGACAUUAGCAGCAGCCCACUCAAGACGUACCGGAGCGAGGCGGACUCGCGCUCCGUUUCCGGCGAUUCACAGGCCGAGGAGACAAACCCGGGCGAGGAGGACGGAAACGUGGUACAGUACGAAGAUGAUGACGAAGCGGAGGAUGAGCACCGUCGGACGGCCACCAGCAAUGGGGGUGGCGAUGACGCCGGCGAUGACUCAUCUUCCGACGGUGAGCGUCCGCUCGAAGCGCACCGGGCGAAACGGUCGACGACCUGCCGGCGGAAGUGCUGCCGGCACAAGAAGUCGGCCGGUGAGAAGCUGCCGUACUACAACGGCUUCCGCUCCGAGUACGGGCUGUCGCGGGAGGAGCUGGAGGAGAAGAAGCGACGGCAGGAGGCACGGCGGCAGCGGGUCCGCGAGCGGCAGCAGCGCCGCACGGCCGAGCAGCGCCAGAAGGCGCAAUCGAACGAGGAAGCAUUUGCGGCCUGGCUGCACGGCAAGCUGCGUAACUCAAUCAACAAGCACCAAAACAUGUACGACGUGAAGCAGAGCGGUUCGUCCGGUCGGCAGCAGCAGCAGCAGCAGCUCCAGAAUCCGAAAUAUCGUCGUCGAAACGGUAUCCACACGAUGCAACAAAUUUCCUACGGUUAGCGAAGAUAGUGUGGCAGUAAAGCUGCAGUGAAUGAGGCGAGUUUCGAGAAGGGUUUUUUUUUUCUUCUUUCAAUAAAAAUCAACAUUUUUGCUUGCAGACGA